AUGAGACCUAAUCACGGAAGGGAAUAUGCUGAACCUUUGCCAUCAAGCUUUGGCGCGAACGCAAUAGCACCUGACGAUGGGGAUGAGCCCACGAAAAAGAGGACAGGGUCGCGUGACCUGCAUGUCGACACUCAGGCAAACACCACAUCUUGCGAUAUCGACGACGUCGUCGAACAAGACAAGCCUACGAGCCAACCAGUAUCAUGGAGCGAAUUGCCUCGCAAAGACCAGCUCUUCGUCCUGAUGCUUGCUCGUCUGUCCGAACCUUUGACUCAGACCUCCCUGGGCGCAUAUCUCUACUACCAGCUCCAAUCCUUCGAUCCAUCACUCCCAGAGUCGACCAUCUCCUACCAAGCUGGCAUCAUCGGCGCAGCAUUUCCGGCGACUCAGUUCAUGACCGCCAUGCUAUGGGGACGCUUCUCAGAUGCAGAGUACGGUGGUCGAAAGAGAACGAUAUAUCUUGGGCUACUUGGCACAAUGCUUAGCAUCAUUGGCUUUGGCUUCUCGCGCAGUUUCGCCAUGGCAGUGGCCUUCAGAUGUCUUGGUGGUAUACUGAACGGCAAUGUCGGCGUGAUGAGGACCAUGAUCAGUGAGAUUAUUAAGGAAAAGAAGUACCAGAGUAGAGCUUUCUUGAUCUUGCCUAUGAUCUUCAACGUCGGCGUCUUGGUCGGACCUAUCAUGGGUGGUGUACUCGCAGACCCCUUUGCCAGCUACCCUUCCCUAUUCGGACCCAACUCAACCUUCGGCGGCAGGGAUGGGGUACAGUGGAUGAAGCGAUACCCUUACGCCCUACCCAAUCUCACGAGCGCCGUGUUCCUAUGCCUAUCAUCUUUUGCCGUUCUCUUCUUCCUUGAAGAGACAGGUGAACUUUGCAAGGACAGGCCCGACCUAGGUCUUCGCGUUGGCCGAUGGAUACGUCGGACGAUCUUUCGCCAGAACAUCGCAUCUGAAGAUGGGUACAACGCUGUACCGGAGGAUGACUUUGAGCUACAACCCACACCAACGUCGAUACAUGCACCACCGUCCGCUAGUCUUGACAAGCCGAGGAUUAUCGUUAGACAGCAGCUACCCUUCCGUCGUAUCUGGACUCGCAACCUCGUCACAACACUCUGCGCGCACGGCGUUCUUGCUAUGCACGUAGGUACCUUCAACGGCCUCUGGACUAUCCAUCUCUCUACGCCUCGCUUCGACCGUAGUCACCCAUAUCCUCCUGGUUUCACCCCUCACGGCCUAUUCUUUACCGGCGGCCUUGCUAUGCCUCCAGCGCGUAUCGGUAUAGCACUUGCUAUCAUCGGUGUCAUCGGCAUACCCUUGCAACUCUUCGUUUACCCACGAGUUGCGCAUCGUCUAGGCACCGUUGGUUGCUAUCGCAUCUUCCUCGCUCUCUUUCCGGUGAUGUACACGACAGCUCCGUUCUUGAGUCUGGUUCCCAGCUGGACGUCCCCGCCUGAUGGUGUCAGUGGACCUUGGAUCUGGAUCGCUAUUACAUGUGCUUUGUUCAUACAAGUCCUCGCUCGCACAUUCGCCCUGCCGUGUACGGCUAUACUCAUCAAUAAUGUCAGUCCACACCCGUCUGUGCUGGGUACCGUUCAUGGUAUAGGCCAGUCGGUAUCUAGUCUUACCCGGACCGUGGGGCCGAUACUUUUCUCCUGGGUAUUCGGCAGGGGGCUGGACAUGGGCAUGAUCGGACUGGCUUGGUGGUGUAUGGCUGCCGUUGCGAUAGCUGGCUGGGUGCUUGCACAGGGUGUUAAAGAAGGGAAUGGACAUGAAAUACUGCUAGAAGGGGAGAAGGAAGAGUCUGACUGA